AUAGCCCGCAUGGUGACGUCUCCUUCCACUCCUGCAUGCCUCCCAACCCAGGCCCAGUCAAAACAAGUUCCAGCGAUUUUUUCCUUCUUUAUAAAAUGUCCAGGAAGCUCAUUAUAACAUUUCUGGUGAUUUUGUGUGCACAAGCUAUCGGCUGGACUCAAAGCAUACACAUCAGAGUGUCCAAGUUCUCUCAAUUGGGUGACCCUGUUCUAAUAACAUUCAUUUGGGACAACACAACAUCUGCAAUAGAUGUAUUUCAUAGGUCUGACCACAAAAAGAUUGCUGUGUGCAGUAUAAAGUUUGAUUCCGAAACAAGGUGCAGUCUAACAAAAGACGAACUAUCCAAGGACUAUGCUGUUUUUGGAGAGCUUAAAAGAACAUACCUUGUGAUUGAAGAAAUGAAAGAAGAAUUAGAAGGACUUUAUUUAUUUCAAGACGCACAUAAUAAAAUAAUUAAUUUCAACAUCACUGUACAACCACAUUUACCAAAUUUCACGGCACAACCUAAGUUCACGGCGCAACCAAAUUCCACGGCAAGAGGGGAGACAAAAGACAAUAGAAGUGCUUGGCAUACAUACAAUGACAAAAGUGCGGAAUUGUGGAAAACCAUAGCAAUCAUCAUGUUGGUCAUCCUGGUGGUCGUCCUUGUAGGAGGAGGGCGCUACAUCACAACACUGAAGAAGCAGAUAGAAGCAACUCAGAGGGCAGCAAGCAUUUUGACUUCAAGGAAUCUGACUCAAUGGCUUGGGACGGGUAUCCAAGAGUCAAGCUGUGGUCUUGGGACAAUGACUACCUCGCAGAACACAAGGAAAAAUGAUGUUUAUCUAGAGCCUGAUGCAAGUAAAGAGACUGACGAGGCAGAUGAGAAAUUUAGCCUCCUGGAAUCAAACAAAGAUGCUGAUCAUGCUGUAUCAUUAAAAGCAGGGGGGGACCCAGAUUUGGCUGUGUGACGUGAAGGAGAACAUGAGGAGCAAGAAGAUCAGGUGCGGUAGACAAAAUCAAGCCAAAUCACAUCAAUAGGGAAUUAAGCAACUUUUUGACUCAAGGCAAUUUUCACCGUUUUGGACUAUUGUGUUUGCUACUUGUAUGGAUACCUUUGUGUCAGCUUUGGGUAGAGUUAUGAGUAUGUACUUGGACAUGAUAACAUUUGCAUUAUUGUUUUCAAAUUUGUGUUUUAUGGAAAUAAAUAUUGUCACUUUCUUGUAUCAUACUUCUACCAUACUUCGCUUGUCAUUUUUUGAUAGAAAUACGCAUACCAUAUGCAUUAGUCCUGUGUUGUGUGUGCCUUAAAUAAAUGUCUUCCAGCUUUGCAAACAUAAAAAAGUAAUAAUAAAGUGGUUUCAAACACAGUCUCAUAUAGAUUACACAGAAUGUUAACCAUUUAAAGUUCAAUAAUUAGCCAAAUAACAACAGUGUAUUUUUUAGGGAAUAAAUAAGUAAACCAGAUUUUCAAUGAAUUUGAUUUGAAAAUCCUUGUUAGAUUGGUUAGGGCAGGUGGCUGCAUCAACAGGGUCUCUGCAGAUCUAGCAUGGGGUUUGUUUUGGAACAAAUUGCAUCAAGGUCAGUCUUACUCAAAAACAGAAAAACUGUUUGAAGCUGAAUAACUUAGGUAAGUUAAAAUCAAAGUUUUGUGCUGAAGGUUUGUGUAUUUGAAUUUAACAUGCAGACCUAUCUUGAGAUUGCAUAAUUAUAUAAAUUUAAAUAUAACUUAAAUUAUGGAAACCUGGUUUUAUGGCAAUGCCAUGUUGCAUGAGUUUGCUUUUAUAGAUGUUUGUGCGUAAAGUGAAUUUAGGGACAACUUUGCUCUGUAGACAUGUAUCUAGUUAUUACUUAGUGUUUAUUCAAUAAUAUCUUUAUUAUUUAAGACCUGUUUCAUAACAUUUCCCUGUUAAUGUUUUGAUAUAUGGGGUUAUUUCACAAGAAAAAAAGGAAGGGAGAACGCUGAAUAAUAAUUACAUAGAUGGCUUAACAAUUUGAACAUUUAAUUGACAACUUUAUAUAUAAUUGAUUUGUUUGGUAAUGUGUAAAUAAUUAAAGUCAUAUAAGAUGUUUCAUUUGGCUACAAUGCUUUGUACUUUAUCACAUAUUAGGAUCCUUUAGAGACAUAUUUAUAUAAUUUCAAAUGGAGUUUUGAAACUGUUCUUAAUGAUAAGUGAAUUUUAUGAAAACAUCAUGAAAUGAUGGUGUUGUAAAUGCGAUAACAACGGUUUUGUAUGGAAGAGGUUUAUGUAGAAUUUUUAUGUCCCCCACCACUUUAGUGGGGGACAUAUUGUUUUUUGUCCUGUCUGUCGGUUGGUUGGUUGGUUUGUGUGUUUGCCCAAACUUAAACAUUUUGCCAUAACUUUUGCAAUAUUGAAGUUAGCAAUUGAACUUCAUAUUUGGCAUGCAUGUGUAUCUCAUGGAGCUGCACAUUUUGAGUGGUGAAAGGUCAAGGUCAUCCCUCAAGGUCAAAGAUAAAGCUUCAAAGCAGCGCAGAAGGAAACAUAGUGUUUCUGACAAACACAUAUCUUGUGCUUACUCAUUUUUGUUGUUAUUUAUUUAUAAAGUUUUAUGGUUAUUAAGUUGGAAUGAAAUAAACAUUCCUUUGAAAUUUAAAGGUACAUUAUUAUAAGCAGAUAUUUCUACAAAUGGUAUACAUAAAAUGCCAAUGCAUUUGUAGAUCAACAUUCAAAUGUAGCAUAGACAUUUUAGGUACCAUUUAUACAUGUAUAUAGGAUCUGGCACGAGUUGUCAUAACAUACCAUAUUUUAUUAAAGGAGUUCAGGAAUUUUGUUAGUAAGCAAGAUUUUGGCGAGCUUACUAACAAAUUUCCUGGACGAGUUUAAUAAAAUAUGGUAUUAUAUGACGAGUGUCAGAUCUUUUUUAUCACAUGCUUUUAAAUGAGCAAAUUAAAUAAAUGUUUACGCAUACAUGAAGAUAAAUCCCAAAUGUUGUUAACAUUUCGUGACGUAUUUGACGUUGCAAUGUCAUUUCAGCAAAAUAACAAAGUGCGAUUGGUCAAUAAACGAAAACUAAGCCAAUGAAAAACGCUUUUAAAUGUUGUAUUACACAUGUCUUAUAUAAAAAAAUGUGUAAUGGUUUUAUUGCACAGGAAACAGGGUAUAGCAUGUAAUAAAAAUAUAUUUUUUCAUACAGAUGAAUAAAAAGACUGAAGUUUCAGUGGUGCAGUACCAUUGGAAACUUUAGAGUUGAUUUAUGAUAGGGAAUUGAAUAUAACAAAUAUAUGUACAAAAACGUUUUAAAAAAGUUUCGUGAAGUUUUUGUUCAGCACAUAUAAUGUUGACGUUUACUAUUAAUUUAUUAAAACAGUUUCAGAAAGACAAUGAAAGUUUAAGUGUCCAUGUACUUGAAAGUGCACAUGGUAUUAUGAAAUCAUGGUUAUAUGCUGAUUAUUUACAGUUGUUUACAUUGAUUUGUGAUAUCAAUCAUUUUGAUGAAGAAUCGUGUAUAGGAUUCCAUUCAAUAUAAAGCUUUAAUUGGACAUCAGUAUUGCCUCCAUAAUUAUUGAGCAUUAAUAACAAUAAAUUGUUUGUCAGUAGUAUUUAAAUUUAUGUGUUCACAUACAAAUAUUUGUUAAUAUGUUUCAUAACGCAUAUAUCAAUACUUGUGAAUUUCAUUGGUCAAUAUCACAUAAAUAAAUUAA